ACGUUAGCGUUGACGGUAGGAGGAAGAAGGCGAUUCUGGAAGCCAUUCCGCUGCGCAAUCCUACAAAAACCUACUACUUUUGCGUACGCUACGCACGUUUAUUGCUUUUUAAAGCGACAAAUUCCCAGCGAAAUGGCAUCGCAGGCCAAAAAGAGAAAGAUGAAUUUCUCGGAGAGGGAGGUCGAAAUCAUAGUGGAGGAAAUGGAGAAACAAAAGCACAUUCUCGUUAACCACUUCAACGCCGGCGUCACGCACGUGGCCAAGAACGGCGCGUGGCUGGAGAUCCUGAAGCGCGUGAACGCCGUGACCACGUGCCAGCGCGAGCUGGCCGAGGUGAAGAAGAAGUGGUCGGACCUGAAGACCGAGGUGCGCCGCAAGGUGGCGCAGGCGCGCGCCGCCAUGGAGGGCGCGGCCGACUGCGCCUCGGUGCCCGUCAUCCUCACCUCCAUGCAGCAGAGGAUCUGCAACCUGCUGGGGGAGGCCACCAUCAUCAGCCUGCCCGCGGGCGACGGCGGCGCGGAGAUCGCCGUGCCCGUGGCCGUGCCGAUGAGCUCGGCGGCCACGGUGACGCUGACGCAGAACAUUCAGACAGUUUCUGCUGCAGCUUGUGAAGUCCAGAAAACCCUGGAAGCAGAGACCACAUACCACACGUUGGAGGAGGGUGUGGUGGAGUACUGCACCACGGAGACCCCCGUGACCGUGACGGCAGAGGCGCCGGUAGAGAUGCUGUCCUCGCAGGCCGAGUGCUCCAUGAAGCCGCAGGAGCUGAAGAGCCGCAUCGCCCUCAACUCGGCGAAGCUGCUGCAGGAGCAGCGUGUGACCAACCUGCACGUACGUGAGAUCGCCCAGCACCUGGAGAACCAGAACGACCUGCUGCAGAUGAUUCGCCGCUCGCAGGAGGCCCAGGCGUGUGCCCAGGAGAGGCAGGCCCAGGCACUGGAGGGCAUGCAGGCCGCCCUCAUCGCCCUCCUCCAGAUGUUCCGGCCGGCGCUCAAGGACUUUCGCAAGUUCGUGCAGAGCAACACCAAUAACUCUGCUGUAGGACCUGUGACAGAAGGCAGCGACCCAAAGCUCAACCCACCCCAGCAAGCAGAGGAUGUACAAUAA